CAAGAGCGUCAAAAGAAGAUUCCUCCUCCAGAAACUAGAAUUAACAUUGGUGGUGGGUUACUUUUGUCAAAAGAAGAAGUUAAUAAAAUUGCAAAUGAAAUGGUUUCUCCUGUUUUGAAUGAAGUUUCCGAAAGAGCCGACAGUCAACGUGCUGCUGACAUAGAUAUUGCUGAAAGAACUCAAAGAUAUAACCAAGGUAUGGCACAAUUGGAACAAUUACAUAGAGCUAAAUUGAUGAAUAAUCAAAAAUUGAGACAAGCAACUAUGAUGAGACAUACUAAUGAGAAGAAGACUGCCCAAGGUAAGGCAAUGGCAAGAUUUAGUGAAUUGGUUAAGUCUAUGGACACAAAAGUGGAUGAGAAGAAUACUAAAUUAGCUGAAGCUGAAAAGGCCUUUGAAAACUUGAAGAUAGCUAUGGCUAAGAAGCUUGAAGAUUUUGAAGCACACACUAAACAAGAAGUUACUAAGUGGGCUGAAAAUCGUGAAUUAGAUUUGGAGGCGGCUGUCGACGAACAGAAAGAGUUGAUUAAGCCAUACCAAGAUGAUUUGAAAGCAGCUGAAGAAGAACAUGAAAAUUUGAUCUCUGAAAGAGAUGGCAUCAAUGAAAAUAUUGCUAACCUACGUGAAAAGAUUAUCGAACAUAAAGAUAAGAUUAUCAACCUAGAAGGAGAGAUUGUCGAAAAGGAAGGGAAGCAAAAGGAAGAAGAGACUAAGGUAUCUAAAUUAGUAGGUAACAAAGAUGAUUUACAAGGGUUUGUUAGUGAUAUUGUUAUGCUAAAGGCAGAAAAGGCUAAGGAAGAAGCUACAUUGUCAUCAGAACAAGCUAAUUUGAGACAAUCUGAGGUCGAUGCUUUAGUUAAUGAACGUAAGAGUGAACUGAAUAAGGUAGAAUUAGAAUUAAAGAGGGAGAAAUUGAAGUUGAUGGAAGCAUUGGGAAAAUCAGCAGAAAUGAAAGGUGAAGAUAAAAUUGAUAAUGAAAAGCUGAAAAAAAUCAUCAGCAUAACCCCAUCCACAGAGAAAUUAUUAGAUGAACAUGUUAGUAAACAAAUGGAUUCUGCCCAUCAAAUCUCAGCAGCAGCAGCAGCAGCAGCAGUUCCUGUAAGUUCGGGAGAUGCUUCUGUUAAUGUGGUUCCAAUAUCAGCCUCCACAACAACACCAUCUUCAAAUUCAGCGGCAUUAUUAGGCACUGAUGAAUCCAGCGAUGCAGCAGUGUCUGCCUCAGCCAAAUCGGUCACUGAAGCAAGUGGAGUUAUUCCAAUGGUUGCAACAACAGCUUCAAAAUCUACAGCUUCGAAGAUAACUUCUCCAUUGUCAAAAGAAAUACAUGCGGAUAAUUCGGCAACUAAUGAGGAAAAUGAAGUGAAAUCAACAUUCAGUGGAUUUUCCCAAGGAACAUUACCAGAUGGAGAAGAGGAACUAGAAUCGCAAACUCAUGAACUCCAGGCAAAGGACAGCUAUUUUAAGGAAGUCUUCUAA